AUGGAUAUUGAACAAUUAUUUAAAAAUACAAAUUUUGAUAUUAAUAUAAUUGAACAAUCAUUUGAAAAUACUGACCUUGAUAUUAAUGUUGAAACAAAUCUUGAUAUCGAUAUUAAUACUAGUGAUAAUGAAAAUUUCCUUGAUAUCUUAAAUAACAAUAAACUAUCUAUAACUUUAUCUAAAAGACAAACAUUUUUAACUAGUAAUAAUUCAGCUACAAUACUUAUACUAGUUCGCUGGAAAAAACAUGAAUAUCAUGUAACACAGGUUAACCUUGAACAUAACCAUCCUUUAGACUUUGCUGCAGUUAUGUUUGAUUCUGGCUAUCAGAAGCUAAGUUAUAAUGAAAAUAUGCAUAUACAAAUGCUCUACAAUAGAGGAGUGCCAAUACCAACAAUUAUUAACAUGCUAACUGAACAGUAUAGCAGAUACAUUUAUAGUAAAGAUAUGUAUAAUUCUUUAAAUCAUCAGUCUCGAGAUUAUGUAAAGGAUUUGUUACAAACUACAGAAUUGCUAAAUCAUUUGAAUAGUAAUAAUGAAUAUUUGACUCUUGUAAAUAAUGGGAAUCUUGCACUUAUCUCUGCAGUUCGAACAGAGUUGUUACAUGUUAAACAUCAGCUUUGUAUUUGGCAUGUUGAGCAAAAUAUUGUUAAAAACUUAAAUAACAAGUUCAAAGAUAAGUUUAUAGCAUUUAGCAAAGAUUUCAAAGCAGUAAUGCUAGAACCUAUGGUGGAUCAAUUUAAUACUCAGUGGGAUCACUUAAUUAUUGAAUAUACUGAGGCUAUAAGGACAACACAGCAGUCAGAAGCUACUAAUGCAUACUUAAAAUGUUUACUUGGUUAUACUGCACCUCUACCAGAAUUAAUUAAUGCUAUAGAAAUGCUUUCUUAUGUUUCAUUAGCAGUAUCAGAUUUUGUGUACACUUUAUUGUUAGAGCAACAUAAUAUGGCUCUUACUUAUGAUAUUAAAAGACAAGAAGCGAACUUAUAUAUUUGUUCUUGUAAUUACAAUGUUCAAUUUGCCUUACCAUAUCGUCAUGUUCUUGCUGUUCAUAUUGCUAACAAGGAAAUACUAAGUCUUAAUUACAUUGGUACUCAUUGGGUUAUCUUUUUUUCAGAACUUACUAUGACUGAAAAACAAAAUGAUAUUAGUUAUAAUCUCAAUAAUAAUGAUGAUCUUAAUAAUAAUGAUGUUAAUCUUAAUAAUAACAAUGCUAACAAUGCUAAUAACAAUCUUAAUAAUAAUGACAUCAAUAGCAAUUCCAAAAAUAAUAAUGAAUCUAUAAAUGAGUCUAAUCAUAUAGGUCAUGUUGAGAUUAAUAAAACACUAGCUCUUUUUGUAGAACAAUUGAAUAGUAAAUACCCAUUGUUACAAGAAGAUAUCAGGGAUCCAGUUAUUGCAAAGACCAAAGGAAGACCAAGUGGUACUAAGUACAAAAAGACAGGUUCUGAACAUGUUACUAAAAAAAAUAUGUGUGUAGUAUUUGUAAUAAUACAGGGCAUAAUUUUAGAAGUUGUUCGGAGAAGGUAA